AUGGCGGAGUCGUCGGCGGCCACUCAGUCUCCGUCUAUCUCCUCGUCGUCCUCCGGGGCCGAGCCCUCUGCGCCCGGCGGCGGCGGCGGGAGCCCGGGAGCCUGCCCCGCCCUGGGGGCGAAGAGCUGCGGCUCCUCCUGUGCGGAGGCAUUGUGCUCUCUUUGCUCAGAUGAGACACCUCCAGAAAUUGUGACUUCUUCCUGUAUUUCAUCUUCUGAAAUAGAUAACACUGACCUCACAACCCUACAUGGUGAAAAAAGUCACAUGCUAGGCAGCAAGCCUAUUUUAACCAAAGAAGGAAAAGACUGCUUGACUCUUCUGGAUGCGAACAAGGAAAAGCCCCAGGGGACAAGGAAAGACAGAUCAGACGUUCCAGUUACUGCUGAAGGAGGAGGUCAUUGUAACCGUCCUUCCAUCCCAGCCAGUUUCCCAGAGCAUCCGGCUUUUCCCUCAAAGGAAGUUGGUCAGAUGGAAAUGCAUAAAGAUCAAGAGGCCAAGAACCGAGACGAGGUACCAAGUAAAACUGCCUUGGAUGCCGGUGACAAGUUCACUCUGCUAACAGACCGGAAACCAGCCACCGCACAGUCUAAGGCAGAAGGCAUUUGUACCCAUUCUGCAUCCCCAUCCAAAGUUUCGGGAGGUGAUGUUAUUGACAAAGAUUCCCCCGAAUCGCCAUUUGAAGUCAUUCUUGACAAAGCAGCAUUUGAUAGAGAGUUUAAGGACGCCUAUAAAGAGAGCACAAGUGGUUUUGGUAGCUGGGUGAUGCACACUGAUGGAGAAUCAUCUGCAGACCUUGCUGAGACAAAAGACAAAGUAUUUCCACUGAGGAGUAAAGAGAUGGGCCGCUACCCAGCCUCGGCUUUACUCACUCGACAGUUUUCACAUACGACUGCAGCCUUGGAAGAGGUGUCCAGAUGUGUGAAUGAUAUGCAUAACUUUACCAAUGAAAUACUGACCUGGGAUUUGGUUUCCCAGGCAAAACAACAGUCUGAUAAAUCUGAUUACAUCCCCAAAAUGACAGGACUUGACACGGGUGAAUAUAAUUCAGAAAUCCCAAUUGUAAAUCUUAAAACUAACACGUGUCAGAAAAUUACUGUAUGUUCCAUUAAUGGCAACAGUCCUGCCACUAAAUCAGCAGGUGGAUGGUCAGAAACAUGUCUCCCACAGGAAACGGCCACACCAGGCUACCUUGAUUCUACAAAAGAAAUCGGCCUCAAAAGCACGCGAGGCAGCAUGCAGGAAGAAAACGACACACUUUCAGAGUUACCUGGAUCUUCCUUUGAGAAAUGUGUGGCUUUGGGUUCUGGAGGAACUGCAGUGAAAAUGACUUUGCCUGAUGCCCACCUGAAAGAUGAAAUGAACUGGCAGAGCUCUGUGUUGGGGGAAAUAACAGAGGCUGAUAGCUCUGGCGAGUCUGAUGACACAGUAAUAGAGGACAUCACAGCAGAUGUGUCAUUUGAAAGUAACAAAAUUCCGGCCGAGAAGCCUAUUUCCAUUCCGAGUGCAGGUGUGAAAAUAGGUGAGAGAGAGAUCAGAGAGCUUCCCAGUUGUAGUAGAGGAAACAAAACAUGUAAAAAUUUUGAAGAGGCCAUGAGUGACUCAGAGGCACAGCCAGCUCAGCCUGGUGGACUUGGCCAGAGUCCAGUUGAUAAGGUGGCCCAUUCACAAAUACCUGAUCUGAACGUCAUAGCAGAAGAUGCGAAGCAGCCCCGCAGUGUGAGUGAAGUUGCUUCCAAAAAGCCCAUUUUAACUGAGGAUAAUGAGACAGAAUUCCUCUCUCUAAAUAUGACAACUUCUGCCUGUUUGGAAUCAUCCUGUGGGAGAAAUGUUGUUGAAGAUGUAGAUGAUUCCUCCCCAGAGGAUCUGAAAGCAGCCUUUAUAGAAACCAGAAAGAAAGGACUAGUGGUUAAAGAUGAAGGAAAUGCCUUUGAAGCAGUUUCAGAGAAGAAGGCAGACUUUAGAGCAGCUCUUCCUGUAGAAGUCUUGCAUGGAAGUGAGUCACGUGGCUCGGAAGUUAAAGGCAUAAGAAGCACGUAUAUUGAACAAAGCAAAGAAACAAAUGAAAGUGAGCGUCAGGAGUUUUUCCCUGUGCCAGGUACUCCAGUGGUAUCCCUUGACUUGGAACAAGAGCAGCUCACAAUCAAAGCCCUUAAAGAGCUCGGUGAAAGACAAGCCAAGGAAUCAGCCUCUCCCCCAGACCAAGUAAAAUCUCCUUCUGAAGAAAUACUUCAGCACACGCGCACUUUUGCUGCAGACUCUGGUUGGCCACAGAGAUCGUGUGACAUCCUAGAACACAUAAAUGGCAAGCCUAAGUCUGAUCUCAGGAUGUCCGAAAAGCCUGCUGUUGUCAAAGAGACUACUAGGGUAGAUACAGUUUCCAACCUUAGCAAGACUGAACUGGUAGACAAGCAUGUCCUAGCAAGACUUCUGGCCGACUUCUCAGUGCACGAUCUGAUUUUCUGGAGAGAUGUGAAGAAAACCGGGGUUGUCUUCGGCAGCACACUAAUUGUGCUGCUCUCCCUGGCAGCCUUCAGUGUCAUCAGUGUGCUUUCGUACCUCAUCUUGGCCCUUCUGUCUGUCACCAUCAGCUUCAGGGUCUACAAGUCUGUCAUUCAAGCUGUACAGAAGUCAGAAGAAGGCCACCCAUUCAAAGCCUACCUGGAUGUGGACAUGACCCUGUCCUCGGAAGCUUUCCAUAACUAUGUGAAUGCUGCUAUGGUGCACGUCAACAAGGCCCUGAAACUCAUUAUCCGUCUCUUCCUGGUGGAUGAUCUGGUGGACUCCUUGAAGCUGGCUGUAUUCAUGUGGCUGAUGACCUAUGUUGGUGCAGUGUUUAAUGGGAUCACCCUUUUGAUUUUAGCCGAACUGCUCAUUUUCAGUGUUCCAAUUGUCUAUGAGAAGUACAAGACCCAGAUUGACCACUAUGUGGCCAUUGCUCGGGACCAGACCAAGUCAAUUGUUGAGAAGAUCCAAGCAAAACUCCCUGGAAUCGCCAAAAAGAAGGCCGACUAA